AUGGAAGCCUUUGAACAUAUGCCUAGAUAAAAACCAAUAGAAAGGAAACAAAUCAUGAUUUUAUGCGAAGACUUGAGUCAUAAAAAUGAAAUAGUCCAAUAUAUAUUGUUAAAGCCUAAAGCUGAUGUUAGAUCAAGACUUCUUUGCAGAAAGUGCAUUGAGGGUAAGUUUAAUUAACAAACCAAUGAAAUUUGUCUAAUAUCUGAAGUUCUGGAUGACCCUUAUAAAGUGUUAAAGUAUUCAAAUUAUUAAGGGAAUGUUAAUUAGAUAUUGAAUGAUUUUCUUCAUUCCUAUGAUUUCUCAUUUGAUGUUGAUGCAAUUCGUUAUAAAAUUGAAGAAAUCAGAUAAAGAUUUUUAUACCAUCUUGAUGAAUUAGAAAAAAAACUAAUAGAAAAAUAUGAAUAAUAUUAAGGCACUAAGGCUCAGGUGGAUAACCUUAAAGCCAAAUUUGAAUCAUACUUUGACAUUACUAAGCUUGAAGAAAGUUUGACUUAAGCAGGAAUGCAGUUUGGCAAGCUUACAACCAAAGAUAAGUAGAAAUUGAGAAAGGGUGUUAAUGACUAUGUGGCUUAAAUACAUAGGUUGAAUUAAGAUUAGGCCGACUAGGAAGUAUAUAAGACUUAAUUCAAUGUAAUAGAUCAAAAUAAAAGGAAUUUAGCUGAAAAGGAAUCAUAAUUAAGACUCUAAAAAGAAAAAUUGGAUUAAGGGUGUGAGAAAAUAAUAAAGGAACUUUAGAAUAUGGAAUAGACCUACAGCACACUCAAUUUUAGAUAGUCUGAAUUAAGUACAACUUACAUGGAUGAGUUUAUGGCAAGGGUGAAUCACAACUUUAAGUAACGAAACAAUUUUAUGGACAAAAUCAAAAGGAUCUACUAAUCAAAAUAUGACGGAUUGAAUCCAUUGAAAGUGCAUGAGAAAAUCAUAUCUUUGGGUUAAUGGAAUACCUAGACACUACUGUUUUUAUUUUAGACUUCUUCUUAAUAAGUAUUUGGGGUAUACGUUUCUUCAAAUUCCUCAGAAAUAUUUCAUUAAAAUAAAAAAUAGGAGUUCGUAAUAAAAAGAGGAGUCGAUCCUUUGACUUUGAAUUACAGCAACAAUCAGGCUGAUGUAUUGUUGACAUUCGGUAAGGGUGAUAUCAUAAUUAAAUCUUCAUUUAAUGGGUGCCUUUCUGAUUUGGGAGAAGGGUUUUAAGAUAAACCAGAAUAUAAUAUUGGGAACUUGAAGAGAUAUUUGGCCAAUUAAGACUAUUUUGACAUUGUUGAGAUGGAAAUCUUUUAAAUAUUGAAAUGA